AUGUUAAAAGAAAAAAGAUUUAUUAACAACAUUGCUAUCGUUAAUUUAAAAUAUUUUGUAUUCACGAAUUUUUUAUGAUUCGACACAAAGAAAUAUUCCAUUUUAUAGAUAUAUACAGUAACACACGUCCAUACAUAUGAAAAUUAGGCGCAACAGGUUUCAGAUACUGUGCUCAAUGUCAAAACUUGAUUAAUUAGAAUAUAAGAUACUGUGAUAUUAAACAUUCAUAUGUAGAGCAUGUGUAAAGCGUAUGUUAUGUUUAAAAUAUUUCAAUUUGUUUAAUGUCAAAAAGAUUUCGAAUCGCAAUACGUUGAUUUCUAUGUUUUUAAAUUGAAAUAUUUCUUUUCUACCGUUUAGAUAAACUACUUAAUUUGAUCGUUCUAUGAAAUUAUGUAUCAUCCAAAUAUUUUAAAGAAUUAUACACUAUCACAGUGUACUCUGGAAAAAUUAAACAUAAUUAAAGAUAAAUUAAAAGAAGAUACAUUGAAUAGCGAUCCUUUGUGGGAAACUGUAAUAGGAAAGAAAGGGGAAGAAAAAGAAGAAAAUGAAGAAGAGGAAGAUACAUCUCAAGAAACAAGUACAGAUAAAGAAGAAAUUGUAAAUGAAAGCAAUGUAGAUAAUAAUAGCAUUUUGUCUAAGACAAUUGAUCAAUUCCCAUCUACUCAGUUUUAUUUUACACAAGUUGAUAUAAAUCUUGAGAAAGAAGCUAAGGAAGAAUCUAUACAACAAAAAUAUGAUAUCACAGAAUGUCUGUUGGAAGGAUUAGAGCAACCUAAUGGAAAAUUAGAUUUAAGUCAAUUAGAAAAUUUAACAGACAAGGAAUUAUUAGAAGCGGUCUGUGAUUUAGAAAAGAAACUAAGUACAUUAGGGACAUACAAUCUGUACUGUUCUCUGAAUAAUGUAACUUUGGAACAACAAAUCAAAUAUGGAACAGUUUUUCAUAGCCAUUUGUUAUUACCAAAGAUAAUUGCCUUAGAAGAGCCUUCAAGAUUGCUAAUAUCUGUUAUCAGUGAGUAUGUUAAAAAGUAUCCAAAUGAUGUUAAAGAGUUGAUUUUUAUUCCUCUGUUAAAUGUUGACUUAAAAGAUAUAACAAUUGUCAAUGCUAUCAUAAAUGCCUUUGAACCAGAAAGAAAUAUUACUCUCCUUAUGGAAUAUCUGUCACAUGUGAAAGAACUUAAAUUAUGGCAUCUUUCUAUAUUACAUAAUCUAAUAUCAACCAAAACAGACACCACCACAAAUGACAAACUUAUUCAAUUAUUAUCAAAAAGAGCAUUUGAUUUUGCGCGAAACAAAGAUUUUGGAAAGCUUAUAUUAUCAUUUGUAAAAAUGAACGUACAUUUUUCAGAGCAACAAAAGCAGUUGUUAAGGGAAAUGGCCAAUAUCAACCAGACAUUAUUUAAAAAACCUAUACAAAAUAUGUUAAAUGCUACAUAGGAUAUACUAAUGUAAUGCAAACAUUUCACAUAUUAUUUAUGUUUUAUAAAAUUAUUUCUUUUCUUCAAA